CUUCUCUCUCCUCCCCCACCCUCCUCCUCCUCCAAACCCUCUAAACCCCCAAUCUUUUCUCCGAAAUCCAAAUCAAUGGCUCCCCCCCUCCUCUUUCUCCUCCUCCUCCUCUCCUCCUUUCGCUCCUCCCUGUCCUCCCAUCCCUCCCUCUCCGCCACCCCCAAACACCUCACCAAAUCCAACAAUACCGUCCGCAUCCAGUGGUCCGGCGUCCCCUCCCCCUCCCCCCUCGACUGGCUCGGCAUCUACUCCCCCCCGGACUCCCGUGACGACCAUUUCAUCGGUUACCUCUUCCUCAACUCCUCCCCUUCCUGGCCUUCCGGCGCCGGCGCCCUCCACCUUCCCCUCGUCAACCUCCGCUCCAACUACUCCUUCCGCCUCUUCCGCUGGACCGCCAACGAGAUCAACUACCGCCACCACGAUCACGACCAGAAUCCCCUCCCCGGGAUCCGCCACCGGCUCGCGGUCUCCGAGGAGGUCGGCUUCGAGAGGGCGGCGGGACCCGACCAGAUCCAUCUCUCGUUUACGGACUGGGAGGACGAGAUGAGGGUGAUGUUUGUGACAGGGGAUGGGGCGCAGAGUUUUGUGAGGUAUGGGCUGGAGGAAGGGAGCCUGGAUCAGUUGGUGGGGACGGAGGUGAGGAGGUAUGAGAGGAAGGAUAUGUGCGAUUCGCCGGCGAAUUCGAGCCUCGGGUGGAGGGAUCCGGGGUUUAUACAUGAUGGGGUGAUGAAGAGUUUGAAGAAGGGGACAAGGUACUACUAUAAGGUUGGUAGUGAUGCAGGAGGUUGGAGUGAAAUACAUAGCUUUAUAUCUCGUGACAAUUGCUCAAAUGAGACUUUUGCUUUUCUGUUUGGGGACAUGGGAACUUAUACUCCAUACGCAACCUUCUACCGCAUACAAGAGGAGAGCAAGUCAACUGUGAAGUGGAUCCUCCGUGACAUUGAAGCUGGUAACAAGCCAGCAAUUGUUUCACACAUUGGGGACAUUAGUUACGCGAGGGGAUUCUCAUGGAUAUGGGAUGAGUUCUUCAAUCAGAUUGAACCAAUUGCUUCUAUGGUCCCAUACCAUGUGUGCAUAGGCAACCAUGAGUAUGACUGGCCAUUGCAACCUUGGAGACCAGGAUGGUCUUAUGGUGUUUAUCGGAAGGAUGGGGGUGGUGAAUGUGGAGUCCCAUACAGCCUCAGAUUCAAAAUGCCUGGGAACUCCUCUCUGCCGACUGGAACAGGAGCCCCCAACACUCAGAACCUCUACUAUUCCUUUGAUGCUGGUGUGGUACAUUUCCUUUACAUCUCAACUGAAACCAACUUUCUCAAGGGCAGUGACCAGUACAAUUUUAUCAAAGCUGAUUUGGAGAGUGUUGAUAGAAACAAAACACCCUUCAUUGUUGUCCAAGGCCACCGUCCUAUGUACACAACAAGUAAUGAAGUAACAGAUACUCCGAUGAGAGAGAGAAUGCUUGAGCAUUUGGAACCACUUUUGGUACAGUACAAUGUGACCCUUGCUCUUUGGGGUCAUGUUCAUAGGUAUGAGAGGUUCUGUCCUGUGAAAAACUUCAGUUGCGUGGAUAUGGCCUCUCAAUUUGAGUCUGGGGGUGCACCGGUUCAUGUGGUGAUUGGAAUGGCUGGUCAAGAUUGGCAGCCAAUCUGGGAGCCAAGGCCUACUCAUCUAGAUGUCCCCAUCUUCCCGCAACCUGAAAGGUCAAUGUACCGGGGUGGGGAGUUUGGGUACACUAGGCUUGUUGCUACAAGGGAAAAAUUAACACUUACCUAUAUUGGAAAUCAUGAUGGGCAAAUGCAUGACAUGGUGGAGAUUCUAUCUGGUCAUACCCUUAAAAAUGAUGAUCGGGAGGUGGUUGUUGAGUCUAAACUUUCAUGGUAUGUGAAAGGAGCAAUCAUGCUCAUGGUUGGGGUCUUUGUGGGUUAUGCUCUUGGGUUUGUAACCCGCUGCAGGAGAAAUAAUGUGCAGCGUGCUACAUGGACUCCAGUGAGGAUGGAGGAAUCAUAAGCAAAUGGUCCAUAAAUGCAUCAGUAGAAAUGCCAAGUAUUUAAAAGUUUUGACAUGAGACAUUAUUCAAAGUUUUCACUUUGUCUGGGUGACACAUCAAAAUAAGAAAGGGAUUAGGAGGUGUUGUCAUGCAGUAGUAGGUGGUCCGUUAAGCAUGUUACCUGCAUGUCAGAAUUCUCAUGUCCUAGUAACAAGUCUGGAUCUUCACCUCUCUGAUGCAGUAUCAGAAUUUGCAGAAAGCUCUGUAGAUGUAAUGUAAUUGUGUACGUAUAAGUGACCUUACAUUUGUAUUUCCAAAUCAUUGUGAUUGGGAUCGUAUAUUAAAUGGUUUUGAUCUGUAUAUUUCAAUUGUAAUUGAAUUUGAGGUGAUCAAUUUUUUCAAAAUCAUGUUAAAGUUGCCUUCAGGAAGUUUGAAUCA